AUGUUGGAACAAGUCGAAGCAGAUAAUCUUGUUCAGGAUUUGAAAAUAGAUGUUUUACAAGCAAUCUUUGCAAAUCUUUCAGAUGAUCUUCAUGAAGCUGGUGAUUCAAGGCUUGAAGGUUUUAUUAGGUCACUGGAUACUCUUUGUUUUCCAAAUGCAAUAGAAAUUGAUGAAUUCUUAAAUUUUAAUGGUAAAGAGAUUGUUUAUGAAGUCCCCCUGGAGGAUCAAAUCAUUAAGGAGCUGGCUUAUGUGUUCAGAAAUAAUGAAAGUGUUGAAGUUAUGGAUGAAGAAAAUACUGAGGUAAUAGAUGAAGAGGAAGACGAUAGUGUAGAACCCACAAUUGUUAGUGGUAGCUCAGCAUUGAAUAGCUUAGAAAACGUUCGGAUGUUUUUACUUCAGCAGGAAGACUCAGGUGAUCAAUUAAAAUCAAUUAAUUUUCUUGAGAAAUUUAUUAGGAGAAUGAUGUCAAGUUCUGCUCAGCAAACUCGCAUAAAUGAAUAUUUUAAGACAUAA